AUGCAACCAGAAGCCUUCCACUCAGCCAAACUCAACCUCACCGAAACGCCAGCAUUCACCGAUCUGUCACGUUGGCGUCUACGUGUUGAAGAAGGUGCACAGACAUGGCAUUACCUUGAGACGGACGAAGAAUGUCGUGAAUGGCCACAAACAUUUUGGGACAAGUACCAUCUCGGUCUUCCAACAAAUGCACCCACGUUGCCACGAGCCAAAACGCCCCUCGAAGCAGCACGUAAUGGAUUCGAGUUUUAUCGUCAACUUCAAACCGAGGAUGGCCAUUGGGGUGGUGAAUACGGUGGUCCAAUGUUCCUGAUCCCUGGUUUGAUCAUCGUGCAUUAUAUCACACAAACACCUGUACCUGAACCAAUGCGUCUUGAGCUUAUCCGUUACUUGUUGAAUCGUGCGAAUGCAGAGGAUGGUGGAUGGGGUAUCCAUAUUGAAGGCAUUUCGACUGUAUUUGGCACGGCAUUGAAUUAUGUCACUUUGCGUAUCCUUGGUCUUGGUGCUGAUCAUCCUGCUAUGGUCAAGGCAAGAAACACGUUGCAUAAAUUGGGUGGUGCUACCGGUGCUCCAGCAUGGGGAAAGUUUUAUCUUGCUGCCCUUGGUGUAUAUGAAUGGGAAGGAAUGAACCCUGUGCCACCUGAAUUAUGGUGCAUGCCAAAGUGGACACCAUUCAAUCCUGGUAACUGGUGGGUGCAUACUCGUAUGGUGUACUUGCCCAUGGGUUACGUUUAUGCCAAGCGUCUUACAGCACCUCUCACCGAAUUCACCCAAUCUUUGCGUGAAGAGUUGUAUACUCAGCCCUACGAUCAAAUUGACUGGAAUAAGCAGCGCAACAAUAUCUGCCCAGCUGAUUUAUAUUCACCCCAUUCCAAAUUGAUGGAUGUCCUGAAUGAGGCCUUGACCUACUAUGAAAUGGUGCCAUCCAAACUCAAUUGGCUUCGUAGUAUGGCUCUCAAGGAAACGGUCAAGCAGAUUCAGAUGGAGGAUGAGAACACCUUUUUCUUGGACAUUGGCCCUGUCAAUAAGGUCAUGAAUUGGUUGGUGGUGUAUGACCACUAUGGCAAGGAUUCACGCGAAUUCCGAGAACACGUCAAACGCAACCAAGAUUUCAUGUGGAUGGGACCCGAGGGAAUGAUGAUGAAUGGCACCAAUGGCAGCCAGCUUUGGGAUUGUAGCUUUAUCAUUCAAGCACUUGCUGAGGCACAAUUGGCGGAUGUGGAGCUUUACAGGGAUCACAUGGUCAAAGCAUUGGAGUUUAUGGAUAUCACUCAGAUUCGUCGUAACGUGCCCAACUAUGAGCGUUGCUAUCGUCAAACUUCCAAGGGUGCAUGGCCAUUUAGUACACGUGAUCAAGGCUACACCGUUUCUGAUUGCACAGCUGAAGGCAUCAAGGGUGUAUUGACACUGCAGAAGAUACCUGGUAUGCCACAAUUGGUGAGCGUAGAGCGGUUACGUGAUGCCGUGGAUGUGCUCUUGUCCAUGCGUAACAAGAAUGACGGCUUUGCAACCUAUGAGACUAUCCGUGGACCCCAUUGGCUUGAACAACUCAAUCCUGCUGAAGUCUUUGGCAACAUUAUGACCGAAUACAGCUAUCCUGAGUGUACCACAGCGGUGCUUAUGGGCCUGGUAGCUUUCCAAAAAGUGGAUCCUGAGUAUCGCAGAGAUGAAGUAUUGCAAACGGCAAAGGAAUGUACCGAGUAUGUCAAAAAGGUUCAGCGUGAGGAUGGAUCCUGGUAUGGAUGUUGGGCGAUUUGCUUCACCUACGCAGCCAUGUUUGCUCUUCAAAGUCUCGCCAGUGUUCAAGAAUAUUAUGAAAACAGUGAACAUGCUCGCAAGGGAUGCGACUUUUUGAUUUCCAAGCAACAAGCCGAUGGUGGAUGGGGCGAAACCUAUCGAUCAUGCGAGGACAAGGUGUAUACCCAAAACGAGAAAUCCCAGCUAUGUAACACUGCUUGGGCCGUGAUGGCAUUGAUGGAAGCCAAAUACCCACAUGAAGAACCUAUUCGUCGUGGCAUUGAGCUUAUCAUGCAACGUCAACAAGAGACUGGUGAAUGGCUUCAAGAGAAUAUUGAAGGUGUCUUUAACCACAACUGUAUGAUUUCUUAUCCCAACUACAAGUUUGCUUUUACCAUUUGGGCCCUUGGCAAGUAUGCUCGAACAUAUGGCGACAAGGUGCUCAGAGCUUAA